AACUGACUUUCUCCUUCAGUAGCCAGCCAUUACAGACUCUGGCUCAACUAAAUUUCUCCUCUCUUUAGGGUUUCUCUUCAACUAUUUCGAAUCCCAACUUCUUCAUUCCAUCAUAAAUAUACCCUUAUGUCGUUACAUCACACCUAGCAUUCCCGAAGGGAAUCAAAGGUUUUUCUUUUGCUCUAGCUAUUGCAAUUUGUGACUUGUUAGUGAAUAUGGUGCUUGAAUCCUCUGUUAUUAGUCGACCCGCCUUCUUUUCCGGUACAAAGUUUUCGUCUUUUGUACAUCAAAAUCGAAUUUUCAAAUGCCAAUUAAGAUUUUCAUCGAAAAGCAAUCAGUUCCCAACACUUGGGGUGUCCAAUUCUAUCAAUUCGUCCAUUUUUGGUGGAAUUCUCGGUUUGAGAUUGCCAAGACCUAGCAUUUUUGACACUAGAGCUCAUCUUAGACGGUUAACUGAGGAAAAUAGUGAUGUGGGUGGUGAUCAAGUUGGGGUUUUAGGACUGGAUUUAGAAAAUGUCAAGAUUUUGCUGAAGCGGGUAGUCUUUCUGGGGGCAAUGCUUUGUGGGGUUUUGGUUUUCGGGUGCAAGAGGGUGCUUGCAGUGGAUGGAGUGCUAAAUGCAGGGUACGGUGUGAUUGAGCGGUGCACUUUGUUGCUGAGAAAUGCGUGGCCUAAGGUGUCUAUGGUUCUUAAAGUUUUCAAAGAGCACGGUAUAAUUCUGACUGCACUCUUAAGUCUAUCUGCAUUCUUCUCAAUGGCAGAGACUUCGAUAACGACGCUAUGGCCUUGGAAGAUCCGUGAGCUGGCUGAGAAAGAGCCUGAAGAUGGAGUGUUUCGAAUGCUUCGCAGUGAUGUAACCCGGUUUUUGACUACCAUUCUCAUUGGCACAACGGUGGUCAAUAUUGGAGCAACUGCUUUAGUUACAGAUGCAGCCACAGCAAUGUUUGGAGAAGCUGGUGUUAGUGCAGCAACUGGAGUAAUGACUGUUGCUAUUUUGCUUCUGACUGAGAUCACUCCAAAAAGUAUAGCUGUUCACAAUCCUGCAGAGGUUGCUAGAUUUGUGGUCAGGCCAGUGGCAUGGCUUUCCUUGAUAUUAUAUCCAGUGGGAAGAAUUGUUACAUAUUUAUCAAUGGGAAUGCUUAAAAUACUUGGUCUGAAAGGGAGGAGUGAACCUUAUGUUACUGAAGAUGAAUUGAAGCUGAUGUUACGUGGGGCAGAGUUGAGUGGAGCAAUAGAGGAGGAAGAGCAGGAUAUGAUUGAAAAUGUGUUGGAGAUAAAAGAUACUCAUGUUAGGGAGGUCAUGACACCUCUUGUUGAUGUAGUUGCAAUUGAUGCAAGUGCAACCCUUGUUGAUUUCCACCAUCUUUGGGUGACUCACCAAUAUUCAAGGGUGCCUGUUUUUGAGCAGCGUGUUGACAAUAUAGUUGGCAUUGCAUACGCAAUGGAUCUACUUGAUUUUGUUCCCAAGGGUGAGCAACUUGAAAGUUCUACUGUGGGAGACAUGGCUCACAAGCCUGCCUACUUCGUGCCUGGUAACUGUUGAGUUUUUUCUCAAAUUGAUUUUUAAUGUUGUUCUUUGGGUUGACAUGAGGUCUUUCUGGCUUUUCUUGAAACAAUCUACUGGUCUUGGAGUUUAGAUCUGACAUGAUUGAGGUAGUGUCUGGCUAACAAGACCAUGUUUCAUCAGAAUCCCAAUAAAAGUAUAAAAUGAUCUCUACUAUUUUGUUGGUUUAGUAGCCAUUGUCUCGGGGACAAGAAAAUGGAGAGAUAGAGUACUUCAGAGUAAAAUUUUAAGUGCAAAAUUGACAGAAGGAAAUUUUCUGGAUAGAUUCAAUGUCUGUCUGGAAUCUUCUUAGAGAGUUUCGCAUUAGGAAGGUUCACAUGGCUGUUGUUCUUAAUGAAUAUGGUGGAACUGUUGGGAUAGUGACAUUAGAAGAUGUGGUUGAGGAGAUCGUUGGUGAAAUCUUUGAUGAAAAUGAUUCAAAAGAGGAGAUCCAGAAGAAAACUGGCUAUAUUGUAAUGAGAGCAGAGGGAAUAUAUGAUGUUGAUGCCAAUACAUCUAUUGAUCUGCUAUCUGAGGACUUAAAUAUCAAAAUGCCAGAGGGACAUCAAUAUGAGACAGUGUCUGGUUUUGUAUGUGAAGUAUUUGGAUACAUCCCUAGGACAGGUGAGAGCAUCAAAGUUGUCCUCGAAAGGGAUAAUCGAGAAGAUGAUGAUGAGCAUGAUGAAGUUGGAUCUGAUCAUCAAGAUGUAAAGGAAAGGCAUCAAAUAUAUAAACUUGAGAUAUUAGCUGCAAAUGCCAGAAAGGUUGGUGCUGUUCGUUUUGAGCAGAUAAACAAUAAUGGGAAAGCAUUGGC